CGCACUCCUCCGGGGAUCCGAGCAAACGGACAAAUCAAAGGCGGAAGCAAGCAGCAGCAGCAGCAGCAGCAGCGGCCAUGGAGAAGGAGGAGGAGGAGAUGAGGGAGUGGUGCCUCGCGCUCCCCAAGGUGGAGCUCCACGCCCACCUCAAUGGCUCCGUCCGCGACUCCACACUCCUAGAACUUGCAAAACAACUAGGUGAUAAAGGAGUCAUUGUAUUCGAAGAUGUUAAGGAUGUUAUCAUGAAGAAUGGGAGAUCUCUCCCUGAGUGUUUCCAACUUUUUGAACUGUAUCAUAUACUUACAACUGACCAUGAUACAGUGACAAGGAUCACCAAGGAGGUAGUGGAAGAUUUUGCCAUGGAGAAUGUCGUAUAUCUAGAAAUAAGAACAACCCCUAAGAAUAAUGAAGCCAAAGGGAUGACCAAGCAGUCUUACAUGAAUGCUGUUAUUAAAGGUCUUAAAGCUGUUGAAGCUGUUGAGGUUGUGUUAUUUGAUUCUAACUCAAGAACAGAUAAACCAUUAACAUGCGCACCUUCGAGUGAGUUGGGUGGUGACGUAAGUAAAAAGAAGAUAUAUGUUAAGCUUCUUCUGAGCAUUGACCGCCGUGAGACUACCUUGGCUGCAUUAGACACCGUUAAUUUAGCAAUGGAAAUGAAGGACCAAGGUGUCAUUGGCAUUGAUCUUUCUGGCAAUCCAGUUGUGGGGGAGUGGGAAACAUACUUGCCUGCCCUGGAACGUGCUAAACAGCUUGGAAUCCCCAUUACGGUUCACUGUGGCGAGGUGGCAAACAGGAAGGAAAUCCAGGCCGUGCUGGACUUCUGCCCGCAGAGACUGGGUCAUGUCUGCUGCCUCAACGACGACGAAUGGAAGAAGCUGAAGUCGCUAAUGAUUCCGGUUGAGAUAUGCUUGACUUCCAAUGUCAUGACCGGUGGCGCCCCUUCUCUAGAGCUUCAUCACUUUGCCGAUCUGUACAACGUGAAGCACCCUCUGUCCCUGUGCACCGAUGAUUCUGGCCUCUUUUCGACGAGCCUCUCAAAUGAGUAUUACCUCGUCGCAUCUACCUUCGGUCUCAGCAAGGCUGAGCUGUUCCAGCUAGCACAGGACGCCGUGGAGUUCGUGUUCGCCGGCGACGAGGUGAAGAAGACUCUCAGAGAGUUGUUCAGGCGUGCAGAGAAGGAGCUCACGACGUAGGGUGCGCUGAUCGGGUAGUUUGGUUGCCGUGGUGGGUUAAACCUGCAUUCUUGUGAUGAUCUCUUGUAGGUGAGAGUGAGAUCGACAGAAAAUCGCAUUGAUGGAUGGAUCAUGGAUGCACACCCCUGUUGAUCUGCGUCGGAACAAAUAAUGUAUUUAUUUAUGUGAUCUCGAUUGUGAUUUUAAGAUUUUUUCCCCCAUAGUUUCUGCACAUUUGGCCACGUUUGUCCCGGCUAAUGAUUAUAGUAAUCUAGAUUAUUAAGUUAGGUUGAUGUAAGCUGAAUUAUUAUAAGUUAAAGUAGAAAAAAUGAUAAAUGUAGACAAUUAUUCUAAAGUAUCUGAUGGCAGUGGUCUAAAGCCACCCAAUAAUAAAAAAACACCUUUAGACGAGCUUA